AAAACUGAGUUGUUAAUAAAUUGUUAGCAGGUUAAGAAAUAAUCUUUUAUGUUGUUUAAAAUGAUUUUUAAGCUGUUAACAAUGUUUUAGCUUUAAGGCAACAUUCAGAUGUAUUAUUUAUGUUUCUAAUCACCAUUAUUUUUCAUUCAUAGAAUAAUUUUUGUAUUUGAUUAAGACUGAUGCUUCUACAUGUGUUUCUGUGAAAACUUUAAAAAACAAGCAGUCAGCUUUCAUUUAGUUGUCUUUGGUGAGCCGUUGCAUCAUGUGUUUCUCAAAGUUCUCAAAAAAUGAAAAUGUUAAAAUUCUGUGUAAAAUAAAUCAAAGGAAACACUGAUCAUUUCUGUAGCGUUUAAAUAAAACAGCCACAUCUGCUGCUUUAACGUCACAGAGAAACGCACCAGAAUUCUGUUUUGUUGCCCAAUUGUGUUGGAAUCGUUUUACACCGUAUUACUUUUCAAACCUGCCAAAGUCGUGUUCAUUUUGUGUAAAACCAAUGUGUCCAUGUUUAGAACUUAGUAAAUUUUGCUCAGUCCUUGACCUGCUUUAAUCAAAAAUACAAAUUGUGCAUGAAUUCUCUGAAAACAUUUUCCUAUUUUAACACAACCACUACAAAAGAAAAGAAACUUCAGUCUCAACAAGAGUUUAUCUGACUAACCUAAUGGUACAAUGGGGCUACGGUGGAAGAGGAGGUAAGUGCCCGCCCUACAACUGGAGGGUUGCAGGUUUGAGCCCCAUCUGUUGCAGUCAUUGUGUCUUUAAGUAAGACACUUACCCUGCCAUGCUGCUGGUGGUGGUCAGAGGGACCGGUGGCACCAGUGUUCAGCAGCCUCGCCUCUGUCAGUGCGCCCCAGGGUAGUUGUUGCUAUGAUGUUGCUUAUCACCACCAGGGUGUGAAUAUGUGUGUGCGUGCAUGUGAGUGUGUGUGUGCGUGCGUGUUCAUGAUUGCGAGUUACAGCAAAAUAGGAGCAAAUAGAAGUGUGCUCCAUAGUCAUCAGGACUUCCCAUAACAUAGCUGAUUUUGUAUAUACAGUGUGUGUUGGUGUGUGUGUGUGUGCGUGCGUGCAUGUGUGUAUGCAUGCAUUGUAUCAGUGUGUAUGUGUGCAUGCAUGUGUGUGUGUGCAUGAAUAUGUGCAUGUAUGUGUGUGUAUGCAUGCAUGUGUGUGUGUAUGUAUGUGUGCGUGCGUGCGUGUGUGUACUGUAUGCAUGCAUGCAUGUGUGUGUAUGUGUGCAUUCGUGCGUGCGUGUGUGUGGAUGUGUGUGUGUGUGUUAUACUUAGUGUGGGGAAACUGAAUUUUAACAGAAACUUCACAUUUGUAUGCUCCAAAGUGCAGAAUUGUUCACGUUACCACGAGUUCUUCAUGUUGCUAAAGGUCAGGAAGUCCCAAUUUACACAUUAGUUGCUACAAGAAGCUUUCUGAUGUGGUUCAUGUCUAACGUUCCAAGCACACCACCAAGCUUCCUGCAUCAAGAGGAAGUUACCUUUCUCUCUCCAACAAUGGCUCGCGCUUUGGUGUAGUUCAUCAGCUGUUUUCAAAUACCAAGAGGACCCCGAACACCUCCCAUCACACACAAAGACCCACUUCUGUAAUCAGUCAGAAAAUCCUCUUGAGUGCCAAUGAGAUGGCGUGCCCAACUCUUCUAUGUGCUGUUUUUUUGCUUUAUCAAACACAAGGGUCCAGUGCUGGGACACCUGUGUUUGUGCCGACUGGAGGGGAUUUGAACCUUGAUGUGUCGGAUGCUGAUUUUCCUAAAACAUUUGACUUGUUUUUCUGGAAAUUUAAAACAGAAAAUGUGAUGGUAACAUAUCAGCCUAAUGGAGAACCAAACAUUCGUGAAGAAUACAGAAGAAGAAUUGAGGUUUCUGAGAAGAAAUACUCUGUGAGAUUAAAGCAUCUGACAAAGGGAGACAGUGGAACCUAUGUUGCACGAGUGACCGCGGGUAAAGACCGCAUACUAGCUGAAUAUGAUGUUACAGUUCAAGAUCCAGUCUCUCCAGUUGAUCUGAUCAGUGACUCUGUGUCCAAGAACUCCACCUGUAACGUCACAGCAGCCUGCACAACGCCAGAGUCUAGCAUCAGCAGCUCUUUCAGGUGUGAUGCUAAAACCUGCUAUCAGGAGGGAGGAAGGUCAGAGGUCAAUACAUCUGGGGGUUCCCUCCGCAUCUAUCUAUUAGCUGAAUCAAUCAUCUGUAACCAUAGCAACCAGGUCAGCUGGCUGAAAAACGAGACAAACCUUCGAUCUUUCUGCACCAAAAUUGCUGAUGUUUCUGGUGUCUCCAUCUGCCAGGUGAAGACAUUCCUGUUCUCCAUCGGUCUGAUCAUCAUGGUGUCUGCUGUCAUUACCGUUCACCUUUUGGAGAAGCUCAAGAAGCAAUAAACGCUUAUUUACUGAUCAGACAUGUACAAACUGUAGCUCACUGUAAACUCAUGAAUCCCCUGAGAGCAAAUCAAUAUCAGCUUUUAAUGACUUAAAUUCUUAGAAAAUGUUUCAAUAUUUUUAAAGCAAAAACAACAAAAGUUCUUAUGUGCUUGAUAAACAAAAACCCUGAGCUUAUUAAUAAAAUGCUGUUUAUUUUCUCAUUAUUUGAUCAUGAAUGAAUGACUUUACUGUGAAUAUACAGUGAAGUGGUACAAUGAUUAACUCUAGAGGUGGAUGAAACUGUUCAUGAGAACAUGGACAUGGGACAAAAAUAAAUGAGUUUAAUGCAACACCA